AUGUCUGAAAAAUCCAAAGUGCAAACGUUGAUGCCAAACAAAUCAAUUCUGAAUGAUAAAUGGGACGUAGUACUUUCCAACAUGUUGGUCAAGACUGGAUUGGGACUUGGUGUGGGUGUCGUAGGUUCGGUAUUAUUCUUUAAACGUCGUGCGUUCCCAGUUUGGUUGGGAAUUGGCUUCGGUUUGGGAAGAGGAUAUGCUGAGGGUGAUGCCAUUUUCCGUUCUGCAGCAGGACUAAGAACCGUAAAAGCCUGA